AUGAUUCAGGCGCUUCAAACCUUUUCAAGCACAAGAAUAAUACCCAAUCCCCAGGUGGUGGCUCUGGGAUUCCCUCAGACCAGCACUUCCUACCAAUUGGCCAUUCAAGGCUUUGAAGCUGCAUUGGCCACUCAGCCAGAUAUCACCUUGCUCAGAAGAAUACCACUCCAAGAUGGAGCAGGAUCACAGGCGGCCUAUGAUGCUACCUUGCAAUUGCUAGAUGCCAUGUCAACGGACGACACAACUAGUAGCACCAACUCAGUGCAGGGCAUUUACUGCAUGGACGAUAUCAUACUCAUGGGAGCCUAUCAAGCCAUUCAAGAUCAUCCAGACUUUACCACGGAAAACAUUACCCUCGUGGGGACAUCUUGCAAUGGAGCUCGAGAGCUGCUCACGACCCAACAGCAAUUUGGAACCACCGUCGAAGGACCCUUUUGGGAGGGAGAAUUGGCCAUUCUCACCGCUUUCGAGUAUAUUCAAACGGGGACACUCCAAUCACCCUUUGUAAGAUUCACACCGAAUCCCAGCAUUACCGUCGACGAUCCAUGGCAAGACGAAUCAUGGCUCAUGGACUUUUUGGGACAGUCCUACACGGUCGAUUCGGUCUGCACAUGGUCGCUCCAUUACGACGAUCGGGUAGCAGGAUUGCAGAGUGUGGAUGUCGUCGACGAUAUCUGCACUGUCAUUGACUGUGUCCAUGUCCCGCAAGGCAUCCACUAUGCUGGACUCGUCUUGUGUGGCUUGAAUUAUGUUCUGGCCAUUUUUUGUACCCUUUGCUUGUUCCAGCACUUGUUCUGGAGUAAUAGCAGUGGAGCUACUGGCAAUAAUAGCAAUCAACCCCUCUUUCUCCUACUGGUGGUCGCCGGUGCGGUCGUUUGCAACACGUCCAUUAUUUUCUGGUCCCACCGAAACGACAAUCCACAAUCCACGGUCGACAUGGACUCGCUCCACUGGGACUGUCUAUUGGUUCCUUGGACGCUCGUGUUGGGACACUUAAUGACCAUUGCCUUGUUGCUGGCACGCAUGAAACAAGUCGAAACGACCCGCACCGACUUGCAAAAAACAAAAACAAAAACAAAACAACCAGUAUUACCGCGACCGCCAAAACCAACCCUACCGCAGGAACAAGAACAAGCUCCACCAGAACAAUCCAUAGAGCAACCACAAGCUCCAGAACAAGCAAUAGAACAACCACAACCACAACAAUCACAGCAGGAACAACCAAUGGAAACGCACGAGGAUGAACCUACGACUGCAGUCAUUAUUACCAUCAGCAUGAAAGAAAUCGCCAGUGACGUACUGCUCCUGGCAAUGUUGGAUGUGAUUGUCUUGACCGUAUGGUCCGUGUACGAUCCAUUGCAAUGGAAAUUCACCGCCACGGAAUGGGACCACAAUGGAUACAUUGUCCAAGCCAGUGGACAAUGCGGCGUCCAAAACGAUUGGUCCUUAUUGAUUCCGUUGGGCAUUGCAGUCUUUCAUUUGACAAUACUCUUGUAUGGAAAUGUACUAUCGUAUCAAACCAAGGAGUGUCACAAGCACAUUGUCGGUGGUGGCAUUCGUGGCAUUGUCGUGGCCCUCUUUCUCGCCUUUCAACUAUUGCUGGUAACGACGCCGGUCCUGGUGGUGGUGCAAGUGUACAAUGGCAGUGUCUCGGCGUCGUACUUGAUCAAAGUGUGCUUUGUCUUUGGUCAUUGCAUGUCGAUUCUACUGUCGGUUGUGGUGCCUCGAGUACAUUGGUAUCUCGGCGGCGAACGACAAGUCGUGUGGGCUGACGACACCAAAAAAGAGGAGAAGCAAAGGGUUUUGAAUGCCAUUCUUGCAAGUGGUGGAGGUAAUGCCGAAGAUGGUCAGGGUCGACCUACAAUCGUGGAGGUGGGUGGGUUUCACAUGGUAUCCGACGGAGAAUCUUCGGACGGAUUCGAACUCCUGCGUAGCAAACGAAAGAGUGGCAAAGAUGAUGGGAACGAAUCCAGCGACGACUCGUCGACGGAUGAAGUCGACAAGGAUAGCAGCCAGGAGAAAACGCCGCCGGAUGAUGCCCAAAUGCAACAAUCUGUGACCGCCAUCACGACCGGGAUCACCGGAACGGUCAGCUGUAGCAGAGACGUCAUUCAAGGCGACGACGACAACGCAAAUGUGGACACGAACAAUGACACUAAUAAUCAGAAUGACGACAACAACGACGGCAAUAACGAUUCGGAAUCGGAGUACGAAGAAGAUCUCGAUGAUGGAAAGGACAAUGACAGCGAACGACGGUGCGAUGACACACACAUUCAAUCUUUGACGACCGCGACGGACGACCGGUCUCGUGAUGGAUUUGCCAUCCCGGUGAUCGAGAUCGACUCUGCUUCGAACGAUCACGACCUGUUCUUUCUUGGCGAGGAAUUGGCUUCGAUGUUUGGACGCAAUCGACAGGAAUCUUACCUUGACGACGAAGAAUGA